UGUCGCGCAAAGCGCAAAGUCUACGGAUCGCUCGUUGUCAUCUGUGUCUUAUGGUGGUGACACGUGAACCGCGUGGCCCUAUUUAAAAGGCCGUUCUGAAGUGACGAUGGAACGCGGACGUCGUACGCGCGAUCUAUUCGACUAGUGCUGAUCCCCGAUCACUAGAUCCCUCGGCGAAGCUGUCCGUACACCUGACACUUCUGACGCAAGAGCAACUGGAAGAUUAUUAGAUAGGCGAUAUUUGCCGCGUCAUGCCCUCCAGAAGAAACAAAGGCGGCCUCCUGGCCAGGGUGAAUUUCCCUCUUUACACUCUGCAGAUGCUUACUAGCAGGCACAUCCUGGUGGGAGGCGGAGGCGGCUCCUCCAAGACUGGCAUUGCCAAUGGAUUUGAAAUUUUCGAAUUGUCACACAACGGAAUACAUUUUGUUGCUGAAGAAGUGACCAGGCAUGAGACGGGUCCCAGCGUAGUCAUGAAUUGUGCCUCACAUAAUAAUGGCAAAAAGACAUGGAUAGUUGCUGGCCAAGAGAGCCAUUGUCAAUUGUACAAUGUAAAUCCCAAGGUGGUGACUUCGGAGAAUGGAGAAUUGAUCAAAGGACCGACAGCAAUGGCUAAUAAGGAUGGUCUUAGACACAGAAGAAACAGUGAAAAAGUCGAAGAUGUUCACUCACCAAUGGAGAGGAUAAAAGAAGAAAUUAAAGACGACAAUUCGAAUGUCAAGAGCAAGAAACUUCAGUUAAUACUCAAGCCUGCUGAUAGUGUGCAGACAGCUUUCGGAAACGGUGAACCUUUACAAAGAGUGGUCAGGGUGAAUUUGCAAGGAACAAUUAUGGCCACAGGUAGCACAGAUGGUAGAGUUAGAUUAUGGAAGUUCCCGCAGUUACAUAAAUUGUACGAUCUUGACGCGCACGGGAAGGAAAUAGAUGACUUAGAUUUUAGUCCGGACGGUAAUCUGUUGGUGAGCAUCGCUAAAGACGGAAAGGCCUUCUUGUGGAAUCUCAACACUGGCACAAGGAAUAAAGAGCUCACUUGGACAAUGCUGGAUGGCGUGAAAUACAUGUACAAAAGAUGCCGAUUCAGAAAAUUGGCAGAGAAUAAAACAAAGCUCGAUCUAUUCGUACUUUCCAACGCCGUUGCGGCGAAAAAUCCUAGUUUCCUUCAGUUGUGGGACGUCCAUACUGGAGCCAUCACCAAAUCCGCUUCUUACAAGGAAGCAUUGUCAGCACUAGCCGUUUCUGAUGAUGGUAAAUUCGUGGCCGUCGGCACAAUGUUCUCCGGCAGCGUUGAUAUAUUCGUGGCAUUCAGUUUGAGGAAAGCACUCCAUGUUCCUGGAGCGCAUAGCAUGUUUGUUACCGGUCUAGAAUUCUUACCAACAAAACUAGAUGGCCCCGCGAUUACCAGUAACACGGAAACCGCAGUUGUCAGUAUCUCCGUGGAUAACAGGAUUUGUAUACAUAGUAUACCAUUUAGACACACACUGCCAUUCUGGUUUGUCAUUAUAUUGAUAGUCUUAUGCAUAUGUGGCGCGUUUAUCUUCUGCAGUUAUCUUGGUAUAUGACCCACAAAAUAUGCGACCGAGCCAAUAAAGCAAGACAUUAUUUUUUCUUAAUUAUAUAUUUCCUAAUUAUAUAUUAGACCGAUAAUUGUCCUCGCGUAUGAGAGAUCAAAAUAAACGCAACGCACGAUUACUCAUGAAUAGUGGCUGCUCAAAAACAUUACAUAAACAGUCAUAGGAUUAAAGAAGGUAUAAAAGAAGGUGCUGACCGGCAUCUCGUCCGACACGUAUGAUAUAAUUAGUUUACGAAACAACGUACACGUAACUGUGAAUAUGCACAGUGUUAGCGUAAGAGAUAUUCUCGGUUCAUUUAGCGGUUACCAUUCGAUCUUGAUAGUAGAAUUUAUCGGAUAGAGUAUACAAACAGAUUUUUUCAGAAAGCGUUUGCGCGACUUAGAUAUAGACGUGACGUCAGUCGGGGUGCUACUGUGAUAAAUAAAUGUUGGAGUGCUUCCAACAAAUCGGAGCUGCACCAAUAUCACACAUUGAUGUACAUAUAGAUAUUAUGUUUUAUCAAUUUUUAGCGCAAAAGGAAGGGAUUUAACAGCGCGAUUAUUUCUCUUCCGCACGAGUACGCUUAAAUGAUUUCAUUAAUGGCAAGUAAUUCGAGACAUGCGUUUCUCGUACUUAUAGCGAACGAUAUUCUUUAUCUUUUUCGUAUCAUAGACGAAAAUUCAUAAUGCAUUUAUGUGCUGUAUCAUGUAUAUU